AAGGCGCCGUAGGCCGGUAGCCACGCGUCGCGUCAGUGAUCUGGCGCCCGACGGCGUGAUCGGCGCUCCGCCCCCCGGCGCGGCGCGACGCGAGGCUCCGGCGGGGCCGUUUCAUUUGCCCCCACUGAACCUCUAGGCGCCCGCUCCCCUGGCCUCACGCAUUCAGAGAGCCCGGCAAAACCCUCAUCCAGACCACCCCGACCCGACGCCGCCAUUUCCGCCCCCAACCAAUCCUCCUUCGCCGCCGGCUGUCUUUCUCUGCGGCGCGGCGCGGCGCGGCUCCGGACAGGGAUCGCGGCCGCGAGGUGUAUCUCGAGGUUCUGCGGAGGGGUUUUGUGGGGGGUUUAAGUCCGGGCCGGUUCCCUUCGCGCGCCGCCGCGCGGCGAGGGGACGGGGGCAUGGGCACGGGGAGGAAGAGGCAGGAUAAUGAGGAGGCCGCCGACGCCGAGGAGUUCUGUUUCACUUGUAAGGACAGCGGCGACAACCUCCGCGUCUGCGACUUCAAGAACUGCCGCAAGGUUUAUCAUCCACGCUGUGUUGGAAAGGAAGAUGUUUUUCUUACUUCUGGUGAACAAUUUAUUUGCGGUUCGCACAUAUGUGUCGACUGCAGAGAAAGUUCUGAUUAUCAGUGCCUGUGCUGUCCACUUUACUCAGUUUGCCAUGCUUGCCUUGGAAAAGUGGAAUUUGUGCAACUGAGGAAGCAAAACAAAGGAUUCUGCAGCACAUGUCUUGACCGGGUUAUCUUGAUCGAGAAGAAUGCUGCUGCUGAUCCUGAUGUGGUAGAGACAGAUCACGUAGAUGUAGAGACCAGCGAAAUUUUGUUUAAAGACUACUGGGAAUUAAUUAAAGACAGAGAACAUUUGACAUUGGUUGACCUAGAAGAACUUAGUGUUUAUCUUAAUAGAAGGCUUAACUGUAAAGGAGUGAAUUCAGAAAAAAGUCCAGAUGAUGGUCACAAGUCAGAUGAAAAAAUAUUGGCUGACAAUGACACCAAUGAUCAAACAAUUCCUUUUGACUCUAAGUGCAAACAGAAUAAAUUGAACACAUCACAGAAGAACAAGUCAAAUAAGAAAACAUAUGUUGGCUGGGGUUCGGCACAACUAAUCGAAUUCUUGUCAAGUUCUGGCAAGGACACAUCAAAACCUAUUGGUGAACUCGAAAUCCUUGGAGUUGUGAAGAGGUACAUUGAAGAUAAGGAUCUGUACAAGGAUGAUAAGAAACAUUGGUUCUCGUGUGAUGAUAAGUUGCAACCUCUGUUUACAAGGAGAAAAGUGAAGUACAAAAAAAUCCCAAGGUUCUUGGCAGUCCAUCUAGCUUCAAAUGCUGUCUCAGAGGAUGAAAUAUCUUAUGGUUCUGAAGAAGAUGACCCAGUUAUGAAAAAGAAACCUCGGAAUAGUCUGCAGCCAAAGAUUGCUAAGAGGGUUCCGGAACAAAGCAAGAGAUGUUUUGCCUCCCUUGUUCAGAAUAACAUCAAUCUAAUCUAUCUGAGAAGAACUUUAGUUGUUAGUCUUUUGAGUCACAUAGAAACAUUUGAACAGAAAGUUGUUGGCUGUUUUGUUAGAUUAAAGAUCGCCUACCAGAUGCAGUGCUAUAGAAACUCAACAAAGGCAUUCGUGCUUGGACGAGUAACAGGCAUCAAGAAGUCUUCAGAAGUAUACAAGAUAAAUGGCAAACCUACAAAUAUUCUCUUAUGUGUUGCCGGUUUGUGGGAUGAUGUCAAUAUCUCAAUGCUCUCAGAUGAGGACUUUGAAGAGGAUGAAUGCAAUGAUCUUAUUUCUUUAGUUAAGGAAGGACUCCUGGAAAGGCCUACCAUUGCUGAGUUUGAGGAAAAGAUGGAAGCUGUACAUACAGACAUAGUAAAUCAUUGGAUUGAAAGAGAACUUGUGAGACUGGAAAGAAAUAUUGACCGAGCAAAUAUGAAAGGGCCACGUGUGGAAUUGGAGGAGCUACUGCACCAAAAAGAGCUGCUAAGUACACCAGCUGAAAGACAGCGUCGACUUGAAGAGGUUCCAGAAAUUAUUCCAGACACAGAAUAUGAAGAAAAGGAAACUGAACUCGGAGUUGCAGCAAGCAACUCUUCUCGAGAGAAUGGAGGUGCAAGAGAUCAAGUAACUGAUUCAUCAAGCGUUCUGAAUGAAGAAUCAUCCGAAGGUUCUACGGAGCAAAUACCAGAUUCUUUGGACAUUUUUAACAAAGGAUCAUCAGAAGUUACAUCUAAGCAAGGUGAUGCUACUCGUGAAGCUCCUUCUGAAGCUCACGAAACCUGCUUCAGUGGUGUUACUCUUGAUCCUGCACUACAAUCUCAAAUGCACGAUACUCAAGAUGAUAAAGCAACUCAAGCCAUGGAUGUUGACCAAGAGGAAAAUGGCCACUCCUGUCAAGUUGCCAUGACACAAGUUAUAAAUCUAGAAAGUGAUGAAGACGAGGAUCUUCCCAUGGUGCAAGAUAAGCCACAAGGCAAAGCGAUGCAUCCUCCAAGGGCGAUGAAUAGUGGCAAUAUUCAAAUAGCGCGGUUUGAGUCAGCCUCGCCUGCAACCUUACAUGCUCAGGGAGGCAUGAAUGGGGUUGUUCCCCCCGAGCCAGCACCUGCAACCAUGAAUGGGGUUCCUCAGUCGGAGCUGCUCCAGCCAGCACCGGCAACGGUGAGCGGGGUUGUUCCACCAGAGCAGCACGAGCCAGCAUUGGCAACAGUGAAUGGGAUUCUUCAGCCGGAGCUGCGCCAGCCAGCGGCUGCAACGACGAACAGGGCUGUUUCCCCUGAGCAGCAGGAGCCAGCACUUGCACCCAUGAAUGGGAUUCUUCACCUGGAGCAGCGCAGGCCAGAGCCAGUGCAUGCAGCCAAGGACAGGGUGCCACCUCAGGCGCUCUUGUGGCAUUACGUUGAUCCUCAGGGAGACACCCGAGGGCCAUUUCCCCUGUUACUCCUGCGGCAGUGGAAACAGUAUGGCUACUCCAGCGAGGAUUUCCGAGUGUGGAGGACGGGGCAGGUGGCCGAGCAGGCUAUCUUGCUUAAUGAUGCCUUCCAGAUGCAUUUGUAGCCUGCUCGCCCUCCCUGGAGACUUUUUAUCUGGCUUCCUUUUGCAGCCUGGACUCUGGACAUGAAACCUCGGGUGCCUUUUGUUACGCUCUGCUGUAAUUCAGUCGGGCAUAUGUAGAUGUAAAUGUUCGCUCUGGGCUGGACGUGCAGCUUGUAGCGGUCAUUUUAUUUCCUUUUUUUUUUCCCGUUUCAUGGACCAGUCUAGUUGGGUCAGCAUAUAUUUGUGGUUAAAUCGGUCGCAUUUCCAAAAUGAUAAAAGGUUAAACAGCUUAACUGUUUAGUUCU